CCCGGGGGACGGGGGGACGGUAGGAGUAGUAGUAAGUGUUGACCGCCAGCCAGCUUAUCCCUCGCUCGCUUGACUGCACGCCGUAACCGUAUCGCCCUUCGUGACCCUCUAACUUUCCUCUCUAUAUCCCAUGGCAACAUUUACCGGACGAUCGGGCACGUUGCUCGGCCCGUUGACAGCGACAUGGACCAUGCCCAAGAGCUGCAGCGUCCACGUCGUGAACUGCGCAACGUGCAGCGAAGGCUUUCGGGGGCAGCAAUGCGUCACGAGGGAUGGGAGCGUGCAAGCGUCAGACCACACCACGUGCUGGCCCCCGGCAGCGACUAGAGUGCCGGCACCACAACCUCCAUUCAUCGGCUGGGGUUUCUACUCGCCGGGCAUGGCCUGCCCGGCGGGCUACACGACCGCUUGCACGGCGCAGUACGGAGGUCGGUCCGAGUGGGACGUCGAGUUCACGUUGGUCCCUGGCGAGACGGCGAUAGGGUGCUGUCCAGAGGGGUUCCAGUGUACCAACCGAAACGGCAAUACGUGCAUCGCCGUCGCAUCCACCGGCACCCCAAUCUCCGUGGCCACGGGCAUGUGCUCCGGCUCCUCCGGCCUCGCCAGCGUCAGCCAAGCUGUGUUUGCCGACGUUAUCACCGUUACAACGACAACGACUGCGACGGACGCCACGGGUACCGCAGUGGUGCAGACAAUAACUCGCGAGAUGGUCCUUCUGGCGCCAAUGUUCCAACUCAAUCAUCAGUCGUCCGACCUGGUACCGGCCACCACGAGGCCGUCGUCCACAACAUUGUCGACCGCACCGUCGGGGUUCCCAUCAUCCUCAGCGCCAAUACCGCCCGGUAGUGGUACCGAUUCGGAAACUGCGUCAUCAACUUCGGUGCCAGCAUCAUCUGGAAAUGCGCAGAGCGGGCUAUCCACUGCGGCCACGAUCGGUGUGGGCGUGGGUGCGGCGCUGGGAGGGAUUUUACUCACAGCGGUCGUAGGAUACAUGUGGUUCAAGCGGAGAAGAGAGGUUGCAAGACCUCCGCCAGAGGUACCGGGCUGGGAGAGCAACGGCAAACCCCACCCAGUGUAUGUAUAUGGCCCACAGCACUGGGUGACGCCCGAAAUGGACGCGGCGCCGGCGCAUAAGGGGGGCCCGACCGAGUUGCCGAGUUAGCCACUACGGUAUAAGGAACUCUGAUAAAAGGGCGGGUUAGCUCGUUGGAUAUAAUCUCAGCUUCUUGGCGAUGAGGAGCCCCUUGAGAGGCGGGGCCCUGCCAUAGAUACUAAUACAAUACGAUACCCCUUUCAAGCUUUAUGUAUCUG